AACCGAUCCUCUAUCCUAGCCUAGCCUGGGCCCUGGACUUCCUUCCGCAAGUGUUGUAGCGGCGUACGCUUGCGAACUUUGCCAACGCGAUAUUUGUACAUAAUGUAUGCGUACCACUGUAGCACAGCACCAGUGCUCUAAGCUGGGAAACAGUUUACGAAAAAUCCACAUAUUAGGCAGGCUCGUUUGACGAAGCUCCAUAAAACUAUAAAAUUUGGUAAUUGCGUGCAUGGACUACGAAAACCGAAGUGAUCCGGUGACGCCCCAUGUGAUGUUCAAUUACGAGCACGAGAAGCACGUAGAGAUCCCAGCAUCCCAUAGUCCCUGAGGCAAUCAUGGCAUCUGGUGAGAAGGGUGCAGAGAAACGCUUGCUGGAAAAUCUCCAGAACGACCUCCGCCUCCUUUCAAAUGAGGCAAAAAAGAAGCAUCCACCGCUUAAAGAGGCUGCAGAGUCUGGCAUCAUCAAAGUGCGAACAGCAGCUGGGAAACAUGAAGACACCAGACUUGCACUGCUGUCUGAAAGCCCUGAGAUCCUGGAGCCCUUCUUCUUGGGUUGCGAUACCAGAAACCCCAAAAUUGUGCAGAUCUGUUUGGCAGCGAUUCAGCGACUCGUCACCUUUGAGGCUGUGUCUCAAAUUGCAGCAACAAACAUCAUAACAUGCCUGUGGAACCUCAUGGAAAGUGGUAUUGAAGAGCUUAAGCUCCUACAGACAGUAACGCUACUGCUGACAACGAAUACAGUUGUGCAGGGAGAUGCACUGGCCAGGGCAAUUGUUCUCUGCUUCCGGCUGCACUUCACCAAGAACAGCACCACGAACAACACAGCCUCGGCCACUGUCAGGCAGCUAGUCUCUUCGGUUUUCGAGAGAGUACAGGCUGAGGAUGUUGCAGCACAGAACGAGAGUAACACUAAAGCCAGUGAGCUGAAUGUAGAGGAACUAAAAGUGGGAAGUCGAAACCCUCCGAAGUCCUUACGGCCCUGCGCAGCAGAUGCCUUUUUACUCUUUCAGGACCUUGUUCAGAUGGUUAAUGCUGAUCAGCCCUUAUGGUUGGUGGGGCUGACCGAGAUGACACGGACACUUGGUCUGGAGCUGUUAGAGUCCAUCUUAUCCGGCUUCCCUCAAGUCUUUGUGAGGCAUGCAGAGUUUGGGUUUCUGCUCAAGGAGCGUGUCUGUCGGCUGCUUAUCAAGCUGUUCUCACCAAACGCCCGUCCAGCGCCCGACCGACCGUUCUUUCCCAUCUCGAUGCGUCUCAUCCGCAUGGUGUCCGUCCUUAUCCACAAGUUUUAUACCACGCUGGUGACAGAGUGCGAGAUCUUCCUCUCCCUGGUGGUGAAAUUUCUAGACCAUGAGAAGCCUCCCUGGCAGCGAACCCUUGCACUGGAAGUGCUGCACAAGAUGUGUACGCAGCCAGAUCUCCUCAGGAGCUUCUGUGAGAGUUAUGACAUGAAAGACCACAGUACGAAAAUCUUCCAAGACAUGGUGAAUGCCCUAGGUGCUUAUGUGCAGGCACUUUUCACCAAUGACCAUCAUGGUGUUGUGGCCAGUCCUCCUCUGGGACCCACUAUGGUUCAGCCCCCUCAAGCUGCAUUCCUCUACAGGGGUGUGUGGAUGCCCCUUCUUACCCAAGUCACUGGCCCAGGGGCAAAAGCCACGUAUGUGGAAAUGCUGGAACGUGUGGAUCCCCCAACGAUUGCUGAGGGCUACGGGGUGUCAGUUGCUUAUGUCUGCCUGCUGGACGUGGUCAACAGCAUUGCGUGCAUCGUGAACGAGAGCACUGACGAGGCCUUGCACCGCCAGCUGGUCUCUUCCUCCUGGUGUGGCCUCUUGGCUGCCCUGGCUUUGCUUCUGGAUGCCAGCAUGGAUGAAGCAGCCACUGAAGAAAUCCUCAAGAUAAUGCAGCAGUACACGAGCCUCUGUGGCCAUCUAAACAUGUCCACUCCGAGAGAUGCGUUCAUCACGACUAUCUGCAAGGGAUCGUUGCCCCCACACUAUACACUCACUGUACUGAGCUCCGCAUUUCCCAAGGUGAACCCCCCUCAUGUAAGAGGUGAUGGCCCAUCAACACCUUCCCUAGGGCCCUACCUCGGGGGUGAUGAGACCCCCCGGCAACAAGUUGUGGCAGUGGGCACUCCCCUACCAACUCCUUCACUCGGCGCACACCAGGGACCAGUCAUGUUAACAGCGAAGAAUCUCCAGUGCAUGCGUGCCAUCUUGGGACUUGCGCACAGCCAUGGAGCAGUUCUGGGCACUGCGUGGCACUUGGUGCUAACCACCCUCCAGCACCUUGUGUGGAUUCUGGGACUUAAGCCAUCUACAGGAGGAAGUCUCAAAGCAGCUCCCAAGAAUGACAGCUCUGUCAUCACCACAGCAGCCAUGGCUGACCUCCCUGUCCUAUCCACAAUGCUAUCUCGCCUGUUUGAGAGUUCACAGUACCUGGAUGACGUUGCGCUCCACCAUUUGAUUGACGCUUUGUGCAAACUCUCUUCUGAAUCCAUGGAGCUGGCAUACAACAACAGGGAACCUUCACUGUUUGCUGUGGCAAAGCUUUUGGAGACUGGUCUGGUGAACCUGGGCCGAGUGGAGGUCCUGUGGCGCCCUGUGACGCAGCAUCUCCUGGAGGUGUGUGCCCACCCCCAUGCUCGCAUGCGUGAAUGGGGAGCAGAAGCCCUCACCUACCUGGUAAAGGCAGCCCUGAACCAGGGGGCUCCUUCGGAGGCACUGCAGACCCUGUUGCUGACGCCACUGGUGGAAAUGAGUUCUACCCAUCUGGAUAUUCGACAGAAGCAGCUGGACUGCACGCUUGCCUUACUGCACAGCAAUGGAGAAGCCCUCUCUUUUGGGUGGCCACAGGUGUUAACAAUAGUGGGAGGCAUCUCGGAAGCCCACGGCGACUCCCUCAUCCGGUCAGCUUUUCAGUGCCUGCAGCUCAUAGUUGCUGACUUCCUUCCCGUCAUGCCCUGCCUACAGUUAUGUGUUGAAACAGCUGCCAAGUUUGGCUCACAGAAUCAGGAGCUCAAUGUGUCUCUCACAGCUAUAGGCCUCUUGUGGCACAUGGCAGACUACCUGUACCAGAAUGCAGAAAAGCAGGAGGGCGAUGCCCUGUGGAUGUGCUUGUUCCAGCGCUUGGGUGAGCUGUGCGUGGACCCUCGUUCAGCUGUUCGUAAAAGUGCUGGUCAAACUCUGUUCUCUACCAUCAAUGCCCAUGGCUCUGUGCUCCAACAUGAGACAUGGCAGGCUGUUCUCUGGCAGGUGCUGUUUCCUCUGCUCGAUCGUGUGCGUACACUGUCUGGCUCUGCGUCGACAGAGAAGGUGAAUGACAUGGGAGGCAAUAUCCUGAUUCACCACUCUCGUAACACGGCUCAGAAGCAGUGGGCAGAGACACAGGUGCUGACUCUCUCAGGUGUGGCCCGUGUCUUCCACGUCAAGCGGGAUCUCCUGCAGACCCUUGGAGAUUUCCCUAAGGCCUGGACACUUCUCCUUGAGUUCAUCGAAAACUCUGCCCUCAGCAAGAACAAUGAGGUUUCUCUGUCUGCCUUGAAGAGUUUUCAAGAGAUUCUGCAAAUCAGCAAGCAGCAUCCAGAGGGUGCACUGUUGGUCUCCCCAUCCGAUCCACAGGGAGAGGCGGCACUGUGGGCGAAUGCCUGGCGUGUCUGGUACAACAUCGGCAUUGAGAGUACCAGGCCUCCGUCGGACAGCACUGUUGAGGAUGCACGCUGCACAAAUAAUUAUGCACUCUUAUACAUUCCAUCUCAGCCCUUCCUGACUGCCCUUGUACAAAUAUUCCCUCACCUCUUCCAGCACAUCAAGGAGAGGUUUUCCGCAUCAGACUUCCACAAGUUCUCAACAGUUGUACAGAAUGCUGUGGCUGCUCCCAUACAUGGUGAAGCUUCGCCUAUUAUCCUCCCAAACCUGACUGAGGUGAUGCUCACCCAUCUCCAGGAAUCGGUCCUCAAUGCUAUGGAUGCCCUUCACAAGGAGGCUCUUGCUGGAACAGAAAACCUGCAAGGGAUGGUGCCAUCCAUCUUUGGACAGCUCCUAUCAUUCGCCUGCUAUGCAUGCCAGGCCCACGGGAAGCCCCGCCCCAAGCACCAUGUUGACUGGGUCACACUCAACUUUGUGCCCUUCGGAGAGCGAGCCAUGGAGAUGGCUGUCUCUCUGUAUGUUCAAACAGCUCAACGACCAGUUGUGGUGCAGGCCUCUAUACUCCACUCCAUCAUCAAGAGCCUGCACAUGCCUUUAAGCAUGAAGUACAACUGCCCGAGUCCCAGCACCUGGAAAUUAGCUGUCAAUUCCCUUCUUGCCGUCCUCCGGGUUGGCUUGCCGAUUGCGCAUGCAAAUCCAGCGAAUUUCAAGAACAUGUGGCCAGACCUCGCUGUCACACUAGAAGAGUUCCUCUUCUCCUCAAGUAAUCCACCACCAACACAGAGUCUGGAGGAACAGCAGUGUGAUGAAAUGCUUGACUGCAAGGUUGUUCAGCUGAUGAAGGAGUGCCUCCUUCCACACUCCAGCCACAUCCCAAAAGAGUUUGUGCUGAGAAUCGUUGCCCUGCUCAAUAAGGGCUCCAUCCAUUCUGCCACAAGUAGCACACCCGUAGACACGGAGUCAACAAGGAAGCUUCGCGAGGAGUUUGCCAAAGCAUGCUUCGAAACGCUGCUACAGUUCUCAUUCCUUGGAGGCAUUGUUCUACCAGAGGGUAGUGUAGUCAACCGACUGGCUGUCACUUCACUUCUACAUCGCUUCCAGGAGGUGAUCUGCCACUACGUGGAGGACGAGCAGCUUAGUGGCAAAUGUCCCUUGCCCCGUCACCGCAUGGCUGAGAUCUCUUUUGUCCUCAAGGCUGUAGCAACACUCAUAGCAUCACUCAAGAAGGCACCUCCUGAUAAUGUGGAGCAGAGCGUCUGGGAGCAACUGAUUGCCCUUUACCCUCACCUGGUCAGCUGCAGCACGUCAACAUCUGCGCAAGUGUGCCGUUCACUGCGUGAAGCACUUCACGAGUAUUCUGACCUCUUGGCACCACCUCGAUUGUCGAUACACCGUAAUGGUCCCACCUGUAAUCAAGAACAUGAAAGGCGUGCAUAGAGAGUGUCCUUUAGAGGUGGCUGCCUGGCUUGGCACACAGCUGUAAAUUUUGUACAUAGUUUAACAUCCAAAAUGCAACCAAAUGAUAUGACAACUGCAUUAUGUGCAGUCACUAUAAGUUUAUCUGGUACAGUGACAUGGUAAACAUCACAGAAGGGGUAGUCUGCAUGUAAAUAUUACUUUAAAAGGCAGAGGUGCAAUUGUAUGGCAGGCUUUUCACAGUGUGCAAGGUGCUUUCAUAGUGGUGUCGGUGUAGGAUGCUGAUCGGUAGUUUAUUUCAUGAUUGCGUAGCUUUAUCUGGCUCGGUGAUAAAAGCAGGAUUCCGAGUCUGUAAAGAUACGUAUGUUUCACUCGUGUAAAACAAACUCGAAAAGUGGAUUGAAUUAGUGAUGGAACAAAUGUGUCAAAUGAGAGCUUACAAUGAAGAUUUUUAACUUGAAUCAGGGCAGGCCCAUAUUGUACCAAAGGUAUUCAAUUAUGCAGCCAUAGAAAUGUUCUUAGCCUAUACAUACUUACAAUUGACUGUGGAAGUGCACAUGAUAGAUUUUGCUACAUAAAUUAACCAGUGAAUUUUGUUGUUGGUUUUCCAACACAGCCGAUCUCUUUUAAUAAUGUACUGGCCACUUCAGUGCGCAUGUAACAUGGGUCUCCAUCCCCAAGUGAUUUACAUCAAGUGUGCUCUGCAAAUCUGUUGAAAAGAAAAAGCUCAUUAUAAAAAUUUGUUGUCGCAGG